UGGCGCGACCACAAAUUCCACUGGGACCCAGAGGAGUACGGAGGGGUCACCGAAUUGUAUGUUCCUUCGGAGAUCAUUUGGCUUCCGGAUAUUGUCCUCUAUAACAAUGCCGAUGGAGAAUACAUCAUUACUACGAUGACCAAGGCUGUCCUUCACCACAACGGCCACGUCCAUUGGUCUCCUCCAGCAAUCUUUAAAUCAUCUUGUGAGAUCGACGUUCGUUAUUUUCCUUUUGAUCAACAAGACUGUUUUAUGAAAUUCGGGUCCUGGACCUAUGACGGCUUUCAGGUUGAUCUGAAGCACCUAGACCAGAGUCCAGGUACUGAAAGGGUUGAAGUGGGUAUUGACUUGAGAGAGUAUUACCCAUCCGUAGAGUGGGAUAUUAUGAAAGUCCCAGCCAUCAGAAAUGAAAAAUUCUACCCCUGCUGCGUUGAGCCUUUCCCAGAUAUUUACUUCAACAUUACUCUCAGGCGGAAGACACUUUUUUACACAGUCAACCUCAUUAUCCCAUGCGUUGCCCUCGAGUAUCUCUCGGUAUUGGUAUUUUACUUGCCGGUGUACUCUGGUGAAAAGGUGUGUCUUUGCAUCAGCAUCUUGCUCUCCCAGACCAUGUUCUUCUUGCUCAUCUCCGAGAUCAUGCCAUCCACGUCCUUGGCUGUCCCUCUCCUUGGGAAGUACCUUCUCUUCACUAUGGUUCUUGUUGCCAUUAGUGUUCUCGUUACUAUCAUCGUUUUAAAUAUACACUACCGGAAACCAUCGACACAUCGAAUGGCUCCGUGGGUUAGACUGGUAUUUGUCCAGUAUUUGCCGAGGUUCCUUCUGAUGAGAGUACCGAAAAAUGGAAAUGGAAAAGUGACUACUGAGAGACAGGAUUUGCCAGAACGUCCUCCACCAAGGCACGAUGGCAAUGGUGCCAGUACACUGAGGGAGAGAAUUCGACCCCCGCAACAACAUCGGCCAGGAUCUUCAUACAAUGGUUUCCGUCCACCGGGUGAAGGGUGUUUCGGGGGUCUUGGGAAUCGCGGCUACCAUGGCGGAUCCAUGGGAGCCACUGGGGGCCUUGGUGCUACUGGUAUAUGUUCCGGAGGUGUCGAAAGUGAUGGACUCGCUGGAUCUCCUGGAUUGCCCAGGAACACCUUUGAGGCCACCUUCGGAGAAUUGCCCGAGUGUUUCAACAUCCCUCAGGAGGCACAGGCCCGUUACCCUUUGGAAAUCCAAAGGGCAAUCCACAAUGUCAAGUUUAUCCAUUUUCAUAUGGUGCAGCAAGAUAAAUUUGAUGAGGAGGACGAUGAGUGGGCUUUUGUGGCCAUGGUACUGGAUCGUCUACUUCUUUGGCUAUUCGGUCUGACUUCCGUCAUAGGAACGGUAGUUAUUCUCCUGGAGUCUCCCUUCCUCUAUGACUCGACCCUGCCUAUCGACAUUCAAGUGAGCAAAGUCCUUCAGAAGAGAGUUGAGCAGGAUCUCUAAAAUGCAAAGCUUUGCACAAAUGGGGCAUCAUCAGUCGAUUUGGUGUAUAUAAGUUAGAAAUCAUAGACAUGAAUGUGACUUGGAUGUUAAUGUCCUUUUUUCAUCUUCUUCCUUUUUACCUUAAUCUUUUUUCUGAGCCACUUCCGUUUUCUCUCUUUUGUCAAAUACCUAAAGUUCCAAAGCAAAAAACGCUCAGGCUGUUUGUUGAUAAAUCUGCAAUAAAUGGUAAGGUCAGACUGCGUGAUGUGCCAUAAAGAUUUUACUUUCAUAGUAAAAACAGGAGAUUGGUGUGAAUUUCAGUGCUACGAGAACUAUUUCAAGAAUAUUAUUAUUUUGAUGUGAGAAAAAUUAUUUUCUAUGGCUUUUUCUCGUUCUAGAAUUGUUCAGAGAGCAAGCUUCAACCGUUUGUAAGUGUUAGUGUUUACAAUCUUGUCACCAUCCAUGAAGUGAGUGAAGUUAGUGGUAAAGUUCAACUUAAGAACUCAAGAAUCUUAAUCAACACUGCUCAAAGAAACUUUAAUACGCUCUAUCUUUUCAAAGAAUACUAAGAAUUACAAGACUUACCCAGAUUGCUCAAUGGAUAUUAUCUCUCAAUUCUUGUACAUCCUUCGGUUCCUAUGGACAUCAUGAAGGCAAUGGGAGUACUGAAGUUAUGCACAGGGAAGAGACAGAGUGGAAUUACAUCUACUGAGGUUUCAGAGGUAAUAUACAUAUCUGUGGAGGACUGUUCAGUCUUAUUUUAUUUUUCUUCUUAGUGACCUGUGAACUGUUGGUGAGUUUUUUUCGUGAAAGACGGUGAUGUGCUUUCUUUUAGUUCUGCCCCUUUCAAUAUAGUAAGGCAGUGAAUGAAAAGAUUGAAAUUAUAUUGCCUAAAACAAAACAAAAAUUGUUACCAAGAAAACUAAUUUCAUCCUUAUUCAUAUUAAGUUACAAGUAUACGAAAAUUCGGAGUUGAUGUCCAGCACGCCAGUUAGCAUUAUUCUUACAUUAUUUUCCAUAAUGAUACAGUAAUACUAAUGUGAUCAUAAUAAUAUUAAUCCAUAUAUUUACGGUAACUGAAAAUUAGGUUUACAGCGUAGACUUAAGAAUUUUCUUUUUAUAUUUAGAAGAUUUAAGGGAUCUAUUUGUAAGAUUUUUAUGGCUUUUAUAAAUCUUAUUUAGAAUAUUCAUUUUUCUGCUGUUCUGUCACCCCAUUUGUCAAUCAUGUCUGGAAUGUUUAAUAAUCUUAAAUGUUAAGAUUAGUUUUACAUGUGUAUCUAUCUAGUCUUUUUUCGCUAUUUCGAGAAUUUUUUCAUUUUCCAUAUUCAUAUUUAUGUUACGUGAUGUUUGUGGCACCUUAUAUAACAGGGGAUUAUAACGCUUAGAUGUGCUUAUCUGACAUAAGUCUAUUUCAUAUUGUUCAAUUUAUCAAUUCAAAGUGGUUCAAAUUGAAAUAUAUUUUGCUGUUGUGAAACGCUGGUUCUUGCAUCAAAGAUUGGUAUUCUUUUAUCUGUUACAUGAUUAUAUACUUCUCCAUAGUAAUACACUUCUUGGCGACAAUCCUUUUGGAUAUAAUUGUAUGUCAGCAGAAAGUUUUUCUCAGACCUCACUUUCAUAGGUAUUUCUCCUUUUUUUAUGGUAGCUACAAGAAUUGUUUCUAAUGUUUCUAUUCUUUUGUGAAGGAAAUCCGUAUGGUUUACGUGUAAUACCGUCUUUGAAGUUGAUCCUGCAGUCAUUCGAUUCAAGUUUGCAUUUUUCCAAAAGAAUAAGCGACAGAACUCUUAAGCUUGGCAAGAACAACCUGUGUAGUGAAAUUUUUUUCUUCUUUUUACUUUGAAGACUGCAUAUUGCUACUUUUUACUUUGAAGACUACAUAUUGCUAUUUGUAGCAGGACAGUAUUAUGUUGUGAUCUGGGCAUCCGGCGAAACACCCGAUAAAUGUUUCCGAAGUGUUGCUGAGGUGAGUCUGUAAUAUUAGGUAUUCUCAGAAACCACUGAAUAAGUGUUUCUUCUUCUACUACUGAAUCUUGGUUCUUAAAUGGAGAAUAGUCCGUGUCACCUGUCUCCAUUCUGACCCUUCUCAGCAUUUUCAUAGUUGCAGACAAUCGCAGGGUAACAAAUGUUCAUGUGUGCUUCGUGGGAGUGUGUAUGCAUCCACACCCAGUAUUGAUAAUGGUAAUAAUUAUUAUAGAAUGGCUUUGAUAGAUCUAGUGUGUUAUAUUUAAUAAUUAGAGAUGUUUGAGAGUAAGUAUAAGCAUUUGCUAUAUGCCGUUUAUACAUGCUUUAAUGUUGCAUUUAAUACUGAAGAUGGCUGUUUACAAAAACAAAAGUAUCAUGUUGAUAAAGUGUUAAAUUGUUCCCCUUGUUCGAAGGCGUCUUUAGUCUGUUUUUUUCUUGCAUACAUACGAUUACUAAAUUGAGCCACACCGAGUGUUUCAAAAAUAUAUUGGACAAUUGUGACCAAAUAAAUUUGGCCAAAAAGUUUUAUUCUCAAACGUACACCAAAUUCAGCUAGUGCAAUAGAGCCGUGCAAUAGAGCCAAAAUGAAUGGGUGUACAAGACCCGUGCGCUUGCCAGCUGUAUUGUAGGUAUCCCUGGAAUUAAUUACUUGAUGACAAGAGUUUUGCAUACUCCCGAAGCCUUCCUUAUUAUCCUCGUGCGUAUCCCGAACCUUCAUUUUUGUGAACACAUUUAAAGUCCAUUUUAGAACCAAAAGCUCUCUUAAGACAUCUUCUUUUCCCUGACUUUGAAAAUAUCGGAAUACCUUCUUCCUCGUCAUUAAUUUGCUUGGUUCGAAAGCUGAUAUGAACUAAUCCUUCCUUUUCAUUUUUCUGUCUCUACUGUGUCUACGUUGCUCGCCUUGAUCAUUUUCUUAUCUCGAAAAGUAUAUAAACUUGAGAUUAUCACUAGCCAUCAAUACUUGAACACAUAAGUGCAAACAAAUAUAUCAAAAUUGACAAGCCGAACUGUUAAUAUGCUUAAUCAAAAGUUUUCUCCAAGUAUCCACAGAGCACUCUUUAGUCACACACAAUUUUAUCCGUGAUUUGCGCAUCCCUAACCCAAAUUUUGUGUUUCAUUCUUUAUCUUUAGGAACUAUCACAAUAACACUUAUUGUUCCGGUAGGCUAUAUAAUGAAACUCUGUAAUGGAUCAAGAGCUGUCAUCAUCAUUAUUUUAUGGACAGAUACCAUUUCUACAUUCGGUCCACAACCCUUUGUAUAGCACUAGCUCUAUGUUGUCGAACAUUUAUAUUAAAAAAUGGAGAGAAUUUUUUUUUAUAUCGCAUAGAUACUCAUAAAGAGGAUAAGAAUUCAACUUAGA